AGGAGGCCAGGCUGGCGCGGGCACUUACACCAAGUAUCGUACCCGAGUGCAUCCGCGCAGAAUCCUUGCCCGAAGCCGUCAUGCUGCGAUUCAUCCUGUUCGCCGCUCUCAUCGGCCUGGCGUGGUCCGCGCCAGCGCCGGCGCCCAAGCCGCUCACCCUCGUCUCCGAGCUGAAAACCCCGGCGUCGACCGCCAAGCUCACGCCGCUGGUCGCGCCGAUCGCGCCGAUCGCGACCCCGGUGAUCGCGCCGAUCUCCCGCAUCGCUUAUGCCGCGCCCGUUCUCCCGCAGGUAUCGCCGUACGCUUAUUACUCCGCGCCGAUCGCGGAGAUCCCGUCGAGUUACUCGAUCGAGCAACAUGGGUACCAUAUUACCUACUGACCGCAAAAAUCAUCAGACCGGUAGCCGUCGACCUCAGUGAAGCCCGUGUGGAAGUAUGCGUAGCAGCUCGCAGCUUGUCUCCUCAUCGAUAAUCAUCGUCUAUCGUG